AUGAGCGUAUUUGAUCCAACCAAACCUAUUUACACUGAUCAUAAGAACAUUGAAGAAUUUUUACUUUACUUCGAGGCAUACACAGCUUCAAAGGAUUGGGACGAUGGUAAAAAGAGCCUAAUAAUUGUAUUACACAUAACAGACAAGUUAAAACUAUUGAUGAUGCAAUUAAUGAAAGCUCACUCAACCUGGAAAGACUUAAAAGUAGCUAUGAUAACGAAGUGGACAACUUCAUCUGACAUCAAUGAAAAGUUGGAGCAUUUAAAGAAUAUGGUUCAAGAAAUUGGUGAUACAGUCCAAAUGUACACCAACUGUUUCGACAAUUAUAUUACUGAAGUAAAGGAUCAAUUAAGGGAUCUUGAAAAGAGAGAAUGGUAUAUACAAGCAGUCAAAAUGAAGAAGUAUGAUCGUAAUAGAGAAUAUAUUAGCAAAAGUCUGGUUCAAAUUGCUACUGAGAAAGUAAGUAGGGCAAGCAAAGAUAAAACUUAUGAGAUCCCUACUGCACAUGAAACAAAGAUCUGUCGUGUCAGUGAUCAGCAUUUUCUAAAUACGGAAAGGUUAGAUCGAAUGGAAACGA